AUGGCGUCAGAUCCAUUUUUCAUAGAUCCAUCAAAGAAAAGAAAGCGGAAGGGCAGAGAAAGAUCGAGAGUCGGGGAUAAAUUCAGCCACAAGAAGCAGCGGGCAGGCAACAGGGCUGCAUCCGAUGUGGCGCCGGAGUCCAGCGGGGAGGAAGAGGUGGACAAAGUCGGUGGAGACAUAUUUGAAGACGAAUCGGAGGAAAAUGAGGAAGAUGUGAUAACAGACGAAGAUCAGGCAGCCAGAGUGCAGCAGGAGGAGGAGGAAGAGAAAGAGAGUGCGGCAGAUAAGCGGAGAAGACUUGCCAAGCAGUAUCUUGAGGAUUUGAGGCAGGGGGCCUCGGCAGAAGGCGGCAAUGGCGAAUUUUCGUUCGAUGCGAAGGAUUUGGACAGAGAGAUCAUAGAAUCACGAUUGCAAAAGGAUGUGGCGGAGCAGAAGGGGUCGGUGUACAAGCAGAUAGGCGGGCGGUUGCAGAUUGCGGGUGCACGGGUGACAAAACGGCGUGUUGCGACCGUUGGGCUGACGAGUUUGGCGGUUAGAUAUCCGUACUUGUACACGGUGUCAAAGGACAUGGAAUUGGCGAAAUGGGACAUCAAGGAGAGCGGAAAGAAGCCGCGGAAGGUGAAAUAUGUGCGUGGCGGGCCGAGGUUUGCCGAGAUCAAGAAGGAUGCGUCGCAAAACGGGCACAGUGACGAAAUAUUGGCGUUGGCAGUCAGCCCCAAUGGACAGUGGGUGGUCACCGGAGGAAAGGAUAAGCGGCUUGUUGUGUGGUCCGGGGAGAAUCUCGCGUGCCAGCGGGCGAUGUUGACAAGCAGGAGGAACGGCGAGGUGUACGGGUUGGCGUUCCGGCGGAAUACCGAGCAACUAUAUGCUGCUUGUGGGGACUUGAAGGUUAGAACGUACAACAUCGGGCAGCAGGCUCAGUUGGAGACGCUUUACGGUCACCAGGACAUCGUGGAGGACAUCUCUGCACUCUCACAGGAGCGAUGUGUGACUGUUGGAGGCCGUGAUCGCACCGCCAUGCUCUGGAAAAUCCCAGAUGAGACACGUUUGACGUUCAGGGGGGGGGACUCGAUUGAGAAAUUCCAGCGCGAGAUCAAGAAGUUGAGGCACGAGAUGCAGGAGGCGGGCCAAACCGCACCAAGGAGCGAUUCCAGCUUCCACCCAUUCUACGUGGAGGGAAGCAUCGACUGCGUUUCGAUGAUUGACGAUGGCCAUUUCGUCACUGGUUCUGAUAACGGCAAUAUUUCCUUGUGGUCGCUGGCCAAAAAGAAGCCCAUCUUUAUCCAGCGGCAGGCCCAUGGGUUGCAACCGAGCGAAAUCCCGCAGCAGGCCUCCGCCGAGAAGGAUGAGGCUAAAGCUGCACAGCAAAUACCCGCCCAGAAUCCUUAUUGGGUCACUACCAUCCACGCGGUGCCAUACUCUGAUGUUUUUGUCAGUGGCUCGUGGAAUGGAACGCUCAAAGUUUGGAAGUUGUCCGAGGGCCUCCGCCAGUUCACGUUGCUCGCCGAGUUGCCCGGCGCUAAAGGUGUUGUUAACAGGAUAGAUGACUACGAGGACGAGAAGAACUCACAGAUCCGAAUAUACGCUGCUCUUUCCAAGGAGCACAGACUUGGAAGGUGGAUUAAGGCACCUCAGGGCUCCAGAAAUGCCAUAUACACCGCUGUUAUUGAUCUUGGGCAGCCGGAGGCCGCAAAGUAG